AUGGAUGACUAUGUUGUGGAAGUCUGUAAGCUAGAGAACAAAUUCGCCAGACUAGAGAUCCACCACGUCAUACGUGACAACAACGUGGGAUCCGACAUACUCUCCAAACUGGGAUCUACUCAAGCUCAAGUCUCGGCUGGUGUAUUUGUACAAGAACUACACCACCCAUCCAUUAAAACAACUGAGCCACCAACGGCCGACCCUGCUCCAGCAGAUGCAAGUCGGGAGGUCAUGAUGCUCGAUGUGGACUGGAGGGUAGACAUCAUCAACUACAUUCUCAACGAGAAGCUGCCAACCGACAAGACUGAGGCAGUAAGAAUUGCCGGACGAAGCAAAGGCUAUGUUCUGGUUGGUAGAAAGCUCUACAAAAGAGGACCCCACUUAGUUGUGCUCAUGAAGUGCAUUCCUCGUGAAGAGGGACAAGCUCUGUGUUGA